AUGGAAGAACAAUCGGCUGCUCGUAUUGACACAACACCACCGGAGAAAGACGACAUUUUGGACUGGAGGCCCUUCAGGACUUCAUUGCUCCUUUUGGCAAUAUGCAGCCAGUAUUUUUGUCAGUUGCUCUUCAUCGUUGGCUCUGGCGUGUACCCCCGUGAUAUCGCGGCAGUUGUGGGUGGAGAAUCUAUUGCCUCCUGGCCUGCGUCGUCCAUUGUGAUCCUAACAGCUGCCUUCGCACCUCCAGUUGCACAAGCUGCGGACUACUGGGGAAGGAAAUGGCUCCUUGUCAUUCCUACAUCUUUUGGCUUGAUAGGCAGCAUAGUCGUUGCAACCGCUCAGUCGAUGCAAGUGGCUAUAGUAGGCUUUGUGCUUGGGGGAGUGUCGUUUGGGGCACAGCCACUGGUCCAUGCCGUGGGCUCUGAGAUCAUCCCUCGAAAGUAUCGCUCCUAUGCGCAAGCAUGCGUCAACAGUUCGAUAGCACUCGGUGCAAUCACCAGUCUUACUGUCGGAGGUGCGCUGACGAACAACCAUCCUGCCGGCUUCCGCACUUAUUGGUACAUCUGCGCUGGCGUGUAUGCAUUUUCCACUAUCAUCAUGGCGGUGCUGUACAACCCACCUCCACGAGACCUUCAGCUGUCGAUGACGUUGAAGCAGAAGCUUCGCGCCCUGGAUUGGACUGGAUACAUGUUGUUCGACACUGGCCUGGUCCUCUUCUGUCUGGGGUUGUCUUACUCACAAAACCCAUUCAACUGGCCAAAUGCACAUAUCCUGGCGCCUUUCGUGAUCGGCUCCACUGUACUGAUUGUCUUGAUCAUAUACGAGGUCAGGUUUAAGAAGGACGGCCUUUUCCACCACGGUCUAUUCCGUCAUCGAAACUUCUCGCUCGCUCUCGCUGGCGUCACAAUCGAAGGGUUCGCAUUCAACUCUGCAAACGUCUACUUUCCAUACGAGAUGGAGACGGUUAUAAGCGGCAUAUCCACGUUUCGGGUUCUCGUGUGCUACGCUGUCGGAUUCGUCACACUGUUCGUCGUCUCGACAGGCGUUGGGAUCUACAUCCAUAAGACGAGAACGGUGCGAGGCCCCGCCAUGGCUUCGUUUAUCGGGUUCCUGAUCUUCUUCGUUCUGAUGGCCACGAACAAAGCAUCCACACCUGAGGCGCAUUUUUGGGGCUUCAUUACCUUUUACGGCGCCGGCCUGGGAACAUGCCUAAUUACACUAAUCACUGCGGCGCAAUUGACCACUCCACCCGAGCUCAUCUCAAUCACGUCUGGUCUCUUGGGUUCUCUGAGGAGUGUGGGGGGAGCGAUCGGAGUGGCGAUCCCUACUGCCAUUUUUCAUCAUGGCUUGACCUCGAAUCUCGUUCCAAAGGUCACUGCAGCAGUUGAGCCUUUGGGUCUAAGUGGCAGUGCUAUCAGCUCCUUAAUAGGAGACCUCACUGGCGGACAGAUUGAAGCCGCGGCCAAAUUACCUGGCAUCACACCACAGAUUCUGGAGGCUGCAAAGCUGGCGAUUACAAAAGCCUAUGUUGUUGGAUUUCGCGACGUGUUCAUUUGCACAGCGGCUUUUGCAUUCUUGGGUCUAGUCUUGUCGGCUUUCCUUCGAAAUCCCACCGAGCAAUUCAACUCCCAUAUCGAUGCUCCACUCGACAAGAUCCCGAUCAAGGUCAGUGACUCGGAGACCAACGCCGGAGACAGCAAGCAUCUUGAAACAACGGAGAAUGUGCCGGAGUAG